AUGUCACAUCCUCAACCUCCACAACGUCAGCCCACCCCCACAGAAKUUGAGAAAUACACACGAACAGUCCACAAUGUCGCCGUCUUCGCCGUGAUAGCAUGUCCCAUCAUCGCCCUCAUCCCGCCUCGGAAGCUCGACUUUUAUACCUUUACUUUGAUGGGAACGACUGCAUAUACGGCCAACUAUCUCAUUCGGGAAUCUAGUGGAAGGUCGAUUUGGCAGCAUGUCAGUCGUCAACCUGGAAGGCCAAUGCUGGAAAGUCCCGUAAAAGCGGAGGAGGCGAGUGUUGUGGGUGAAAUUCAGAAACAGACGCGAGGGGCUACUACUACUACUACUACUACUACUUCUGCUUUGGAGGGUGCGAGUCAGAGGGAGGCGUGGAAGAUUCAGCGGGAGAAGGAAAUUAAGGAGGAUGUUGAGGAGGGCAAGGGAUUUGGUGAUAUGAUUAUGGAUCAGAUAUGGGAGGUGUGGAAUCAAGGAAAGGUGGAAGAGGAGGAUGAUGAUGAGGAUUGA